AAUUAUUAAACAUAAUCUUUAUAAUAUUAUUGAUAACAAAAAAUUAUAUAUUGAAAGAUUUGGGGAGAUUAUUAAAGAUUUUGAAUAUCCAGUUUAUAAUUAUAUUGAUUAUGAGGAAAUUGAACAAGCAAAAGAAGAUAGUAAAAAAUGGGUUGAAAUAAAUCCCUAUUAUAAAUUGUAG